AAUUUUGUGGCGUUGAAACCUGGAAUAUUUUGAUGCCGUUUUUUACAGCUUUUGGAUACAAAUUCAGUCGACCAGGACUCAUUUUCAACUUUGUUCUACUUACUUUGCGUCUGGUUAUUUGUUGUUUUUCCAUGUGAUUCAUUCUGUUGUAAUCAUAUUUUCUGUAGUGGAGCUAAAAUCCGUGUGCCGAAAGGUACCCCAGUUUUCCAAUUCAUCGCCUUUGCUUCAAAUCAGAAUUUCAUUUAGAGGAAAGAACAAAGAACCACUGAGCAUCAGUUUUUUGUCUUUUACUGUAUUUUCCUGAUGCUUUUCUUUUCCCAGUUUAUCAUCUAAAUUCACAUUUCUUUCCUGUAAGAUGUAGCUUUUAACUUCAAAUUCUAAGGGCUCCUAGAGGUUCCUACAAGACCCUGCAACUAUUGGGGGAUGGCUUAGCUUCUUGAGUUACCCUGACAUAAGCUGAAGCACCCUUCCACUUCCUCGAAAUCACCAAGACUCUGAGGAAAUCAAGGUAGAACCAAGGAAUCUUAGAAGCCCUGAGGAACCCUGACCCUGAGGACAUCUGGGGAUAUCUGAAGAAGACCUUGAGGAUCCCAGCACUUUGAGAAACUGUAGGGACCCUCAAGAUCCAGAGGAAAUCUGGGGACCGCAGAGGAACCCCGAACACUCUAGAGGAACCCUGGGGACUCCUUGGGGCCCCCCCUCAGAGAACUGAUGGGCACCCUACGGGACCUGCAGUACGCCCUGCAAGAGAAGAUCGAGGAGCUGCGGCAGCGCGACACGCUGAUCGAUGAGCUGGAGCUGGAACUCGAUCAGAAGGAUGAGCUGAUCCAGCGGCUGCAGAAUGAGCUGGACAAGUACCGGUCCGUGCUCCGGCCUGCCACGGCCCAGCAGGUCCAGGCCCAGCAGCAAAGCCUCGUCCUGCAGCCAGACCAACACCGCAGCAAACGGCAGGCCAUCUCAGCUGAACCCACCGCCUGCGACAUCAGCGACCUCAGCCACGUCACCCUACCUUUUUACCCCAAGAGCCCAGAGUCGAAGGAGAUGAUCAGGGAGGCCAUCUUGGACAACGACUUUAUGAAGAACCUGGAGCUGUCUCAGAUCCACGAGAUCGUGGAUUGCAUGUACCCGGUGGAUUAUGGGAAAGACGCCUGCAUCAUCGAAGAGGGUGACGUGGGCUCUCUGGUCUACGUGAUGGAAGAGGGGAAGGUGGAGGUGACCAAAGAGGGGAUGAAGUUGUGUACGAUGGGACCAGGCAGAGUGUUUGGAGAGCUGGCCAUCCUCUACAACUGCACCAGGACUGCAACUGUCAGGACUGUGACGCACGUGAAGCUGUGGGCGAUCGACCGUCAGUGCUUCCAGACCAUCAUGAUGAGAACUGGACUCAUCAAACACGCUGAGUACAUGGACUUCCUCAAGAGUGUUCCCACCUUCCAGAGUCUUCCAGAGGAAACGCUCAGUAAACUGGCUGACGUCAUGGAGGAGACUCAUUAUGAGGAUGGAGAGUACAUCAUCAGACAAGGAGCCAGAGGAGACACCUUCUUCAUCAUCAGCAAGGGGAAGGUGAACGUGACCCAGCAGGAUCCAGCCAAUCAGGAGCCAACACACCUCAGAGAGCUCAACAGGGGAGACUGGUUUGGAGAGAGAGCACUCCAGGGGGAGGAUGUCAGAACAGCCAAUGUCAUCGCUGCUGAGGCCGUCACCUGCCUGGUCAUUGACAGAGACUCGUUUAAGCAUUUGAUUGGUGGAUUGGAUGACGUUUCGAACAAAGGAUAUGAGGACGCAGAAGCCAAAGCCAAGUACGAGGCAGAAAACGCCUUCUUCUCCAGUCUGAAGCUCACCGACUUCAACAUCGUUGACACACUUGGAGUUGGCGGCUUUGGACGCGUCGAGCUGGUGCAGCUGAAGAACGAGGAGGCAAAGACGUACGCCAUGAAGAUCCUGAAGAAGCGCCACAUCGUCGACACGAGACAGCAGGAACACAUCCGCUCUGAGAAACACAUCAUGACUGAGGCGCACUGCGACUUCAUCGUAAGGUUGUACCGGACGUUUAAAGACAGUAAAUACCUGUACAUGCUGAUGGAGGCCUGCCUGGGCGGAGAGCUGUGGACCAUACUGAGAGACAGGGGUUCCUUUGAAGAUUCGACCACCAGGUUCUACACGGCCUGCGUGGUCGAAGCCUUCGCCUACCUGCACGCCAAAGGCAUCAUAUACAGAGACCUGAAACCUGAAAACCUCAUCCUGGAUAGCCGAGGGUACGCCAAGCUGGUGGACUUUGGUUUCGCCAAGAAGAUCGGAGUCUGUAAGAAGACGUGGACGUUCUGCGGGACGCCGGAGUACGUGGCACCAGAGAUCAUCCUCAACAAGGGUCACGACGUGUCAGCAGACUACUGGUCUCUGGGCAUUCUGAUGUACGAGCUGCUGACGGGCAGUCCUCCAUUUUCAGGUCCAGAUCCGAUGAAAACCUACAACAUCAUUCUGAGAGGCAUCGACAUGAUUGAGUUCCCCAAGAAGAUCACCAAGAACGCUGCCAACCUCAUCAAGAAGCUCUGCAGAGAUAAUCCCUCAGAGAGACUCGGAAACCUGAAAAACGGCGUCAAAGACAUCCAGAAGCACAAGUGGUUUGAAGGUUUCAACUGGGAGGGUCUGAGGAAGGGAACCCUGACUCCGCCCAUCACACCCGACGUUUCCUCUUCAACCGACACCAGUAACUUUGACAGUUUUCCCGAAGACACAGACGAGCCACCACCAGACGACAACUCCGGAUGGGAUUAUGACUUCUAGUCCAGCUCACAUCCAAACCCAAGACCUGACGCUCUUUGACCUGAGGUGAGGUCAAAUCGGAGAAAAAUGACGACUCUCACCAGGCUAAACCUCACGCGCCACCUGGAGGACGUUGUGACCCCGAUCACCUGAGCAAACUGGACCCUGUUCUGAGCGUGGAACUGAGACUGGAAUCCUCCCCCACCCGAUCAAACUGGUCCGGUCUGUCAAAGCACCUGUUCACUUUAAGAGUCUGUCUCUUUUUCCCAGACUGGGACCACCUGUACAUUAAAUCCCUCAGAGGAGAAAAUCCUUUCAGGGAGACAGCAUGUUCUGACCUGAGAAAGUGAUCCAGCUGGCAGAACUCUGGAACAUAAACACUCCAUCUAUAAAAAGGUGUCCAAUGUGAAGAAGACUCUAUGGACAUGCUAAGGAGGGAACAGCUGUGAGUGUGUUUGGCUACAGCUGAACUUUGGGUUUGUCCAUCCAUCAGCAGUCAACCACACGGUGUUGGUUUGCUUUAUGUCCCAUAAACUGCAGCAAGACAAACGUUAAGCCUAAUGUGGUUGGAAAUGAUCAGACAUGGGCUUUGACUUGUCCCUCACAGACACCAUGUAGCCAAUGAGAGGCCUCUGUCCCGUCACGUGUCUUUGACCGCUGGCUGAGACAGACUGCCGGUCUGCUGUUUGUGUUCGGUUCUGUGGGGCUUCGCUGACUUUAUGAACCGGGUUUGGCUUUCUAAGGGCUGCCUGGAGGAGUGAUGUUCAGUCCGAGUAACAGACGCCUCAAACCACAGACCGAACUCACAAACUCGAGGUCACCAUGAUGCCUUCUUUGUCAUUUCAUUUUGGGAACUUUAAAAUCCAAAGAGAGAAGACGGAGGUGUGGGUGUAGCAGCCGCCGUCCUCCUCAGUGGACGCCGAGCGGCGAUAUGAACAUUUCUGUUCUUAAGCUUUCCUUUCUGUCAUUCUUUAUGUUGUGUUGUGUUUGGAUCGUGGCGUGAAAACAGAUAUUUUGUACAUAUUUCCAAAA